ACCAACGUGAAAUCAAUAUUUUGUUCUGAACCUACUAGAAAACCCAUUUACUCAUACAAAGCGAGAAAACGCUUUUGAAAGGCUCUGUUUACGUGCUCCUGUUAGAUGAAAUAAACGACCCAGUUGCAAGUCUAACUGCAAUACAGUUUGUUUCGGAGAGUCGCGUGUUUGCAAUGUAUUUAGAAAAGUGAUCAAGAUUUACAGAAGUGCGUCUGCCUUUUCGCUUGCUAGUUUAUUUGCCACUUUAUUAUGCGUUCUCUUACCGCGGUACAUGGGGUAGAUCCCUUGCCUGAUCUAGGCGUUCCUUCGGGUAUCCAUCAAGACGUUAACCCGGAUGCCGACAUGGCCGGUGCACAGGAUACCAUUUAUCUUUGCAACUUCCGUGUUUCUGUGGAUGGGGAGUGGCUGUGUUUGAAGGAGCUGCAUGACAUGGAAAUGCAAGACUCUUACAUCCGCCCUUCCGAUACCGGUGCUAUUACUUCCCCCGAUGAUCCUAUGCAUUCUUUGAUGGCACGAGACCCAGUGGUAAUUGAACGCAGUAAUCUCGUGAAUAUUUCCAAGCUUAUCGUUAAAGAGCUGAUUGAACAAUCUCUGCGCUAUGGAAGGAUGUUGGACAGUGAUCAUUUGCCAUUGCACCAUUUUUUUAUUGUUCUCGAACACGUCAUGCGUCACGGAUUGAAACCGAAAAAGGGGCUACUUGGGCCAAAAAAGGAAUUAUGGGAUAUUCUACAGAUGGUUGAAAAAUAUUCUCCGGAAGCGGCGGAUAUUACAGCGAGUAUUAGAGAUUUACCGACAGUUAAGACCGCUAUGGGCCGCGCUCGUGCUUGGCUGCGGCUGGCUCUCAUGCAGAAGAGACUUGCCGACUACCUUAGAAUUCUUCUUGAGCACCGAGAGGAGACUCUUGAGGAGUUUUUCGAACCGCACGCGCUUAUGUUAAACGAGGAAGCCGUAAUUAUCACCGGGCUGCUUGUUGGGCUAAAUGUGGUCGACUGCAAUUUGUGUGUCAAGGAAGAAGACUUGGACAGUCAACAGGGUGUAAUAGACUUCUCACUGUACCUACGCGGCAGCAACUCCUCAAACGACUUGUCUAGUAACGGCAACAACUCCAACAAUGAGCCAAAGCAACGCCAUAUUAACACAAUGCUCGAUCAGAAAAACUAUAUAGAGGAACUAAACAGACAUCUUAAUGCUACGGUGGCGAAUUUGCAAGCUAAAGUCGAAAGUCUGACCACAACAAAUGCUCUCAUGAAAGAAGAUUUGGCCAUUGCGAAAAACACGAUGAUUCAGUUAGUCGAGGAAAACAAUCAACUAAAACACGCCUUGGGUCAGGAUAUAACCAAAGAUACAAAGAUGAAAGUGACAGAACUACAAUCGGACGAAGAGGAGAAACGCAGUGUGAAGAGUACAACUUCCGAUAGAUCUAAAACAGAUAAGGAUUUCGAUCACGGGAGAAUGCUGGAAGAAGAAAAAAGGAAAAAUAUGGAAUUGCAGAAAGAGUUAGAUUUACAGAUAUCACUGAAAGCUGAAAUGGAAGUAGCAAUGAAGCUAUUAGAAAAAGACAUACAUGACAAACAGGACACGAUAAUAUCGCUAAGGAGGCAGCUUGACGACAUAAAACUAAUCAACUUAGAAAUGUACAAGAAAUUACAGGAAUGUGAAAGUUCCUUGAAACAUAAAACUGAGCUAAUAUCCAAAUUGGAAGCAAAGACUGAAUCAAUGGGCAGCACGAUACAUCAGCUCGAUGAGAAGUUACAGAACGACGCUAAAGCUAGGAAGAGCCUGGAAGAAAGCGCCCGUUCGUUAGGACAAAAGGCAGCUACAGCUGAAACUAGAGCGGUGGCUGCGGAGGGAGAUCUGAGGAUUGAGCGUGAAUGGAGAAUAUCGUUACAGGAAACAAUGAUAAGAGAUCGUGAUAAAAUAUCUACUCUCAUACAAGAGGUCGAAUCACUGAAAUCUAUUGGACAGAAAUACAUAGCUCUGCAAGAGGAACAGCACGUUCUCAAAACGCAGUACAGCGAAGCGCAAAAGACUUUAGAGGAGGUUGGCGCCACACUAAGCGAGAACAAGCUUCAGUUGGCGGAAUUAUUGGAGAAAGAGGCUAAAGCGGCUGCUGCUGAGGAGAACCCCACCUGGAUGCACGAUAAAGACGCGUCAGUCUGCACGGCUUGCGCUAAAGAGUUUACAAUAGCCAGACGAAAACACCAUUGUAGGCGUUGCGGGCAUAUAUUUUGCGGCGCAUGCAGUGAAAAAAGCGUAGCUUUAGCGGGAAACACGAAACCAGUCAGGGUAUGCGACGCCUGUUACGCAGAAGUGAGAUUAACGUAGUAUCUUUUAUAAUAAUUUUCAUUUAACAAAUCCCAAAUUCCCAAUACAGUUGUAAAGAAAACAACAUGUGCGCCAAAUAUUAAUAGUAUAUUUUGUGUUAGAUAAAAUUAAUAUAGAACGUAAUAACAACACAAUUUACGCCAUGGGUACUAUUUUCACAAACAAAAUGUAUAAAAUCACGUUUCUUUACACAGACAACUUAACAUAUUUCCACACUAUAUAACCUACAAUAGACUUAGAAGUCAAAAGUAAUGGAGAUAUUUCUGUAAGGCGCCAUCCUCACCGGGUCGGUGCGGGCUUGUUUCGUUUUCGUUUCUGUACCGAAUCUGUGCAGAUUAUUUACCGAGUCCAUGUUUUUAAUGAGAGCUUUCUCACUGACUUUUUCCGGUACCUAUUCUUUACCGAGCGGAUAUACGUCUCAGUACCGAGGGCUGCCACUACCAUCAGAAACAAAACGAAACGAUACCGCAACGAAACCGAGCCGGUCAAAAAAUGGUUUUCGGUGAGGAAUCUGACAGAUUCGGUACAGAAAUGAAAACGAACCGAGCCCGCACCGACCCGGUGAGGAAGGCGCCUAACUGUGGUAUUGUAAGUUUGAUGUUUUCAAACGCAACCCAACGUAGAUAGACUUAUUUCAAUUAUGAAUAUCAACAUGAACCUAACUUAUUAAGCAAAUGUUUCUGUUAUUUAUUUAAAAAUAGACAAGAAAUAGUAUUAGAUUUUCGAUGAACAGAGACAGAACACUGCGAAACUAGUACAAGUUUUUUCGGUAUCCAUGUUGAACUUGUCAACAUGUGAAAUGAAGAAAAUGGAAGUAAAUUUUAAUCUGUGGUAACCAAAAAUAUACUCUAGUCUGAACAAAGGCGGCUAUGAGACAUUCGCUUUCCUACAUUAAUAAUAACAUUCUUGCAUUUAACACUAAUAGGUACAUUCGAUAAAGCCAAUGGCCCGCCACUUCAAGUACAUAUUUAUACUUUUAUUUAUUCUAUGCGUUUUGUCCAAAGCUAUUGAAUUCAAAAACAAUAAUCGAAAGAAACUAAGUAUACAUAAAAUGCUCAAUUUGAGGGCAAAAGAAAUCGCCUAAAAGUGACAGCCAUUCCUUUGACUAUUUCUAUGUACCGGUACGUCAAUCUUAAUAUUUAUUUAUUCUAUAAAAAAAGGUACAGACAGUCGCAAGUAAGUUAUCCUAAAAAGUCCAAUUUCAGUAACUAAUUUUAAGCUUUAUCUCCAACGAUAUUAAAUACCCUACAUACACCACGUGCGUUCAAAAUGUGUCCCAAUCAAGAAGUGGUUGAACACCAAUCAAGCAUUAGUUUGUUCACAGUGACGCGCGGAUCGUUGAAUCGUCAACAUGCCGCAGAGCUCCGUGAAAAAAUGAGAAAAAAAUACUUAUUGUACGAAAAGUGUCGUUUAUUCGACAAGUAUCUCAAUGUUUGUUAAUUUAACGCAUUUGGAGCAAAUUUUAUUCUAAUAUUAACUCAAAACUGAUUUAAUAGAAAAUAUUUGUGAUUCAAGUGUAUGGUCGGUAAUAUAGCCGUCUCUUUUCCUCGCGGUCCGUACCUCAUAUAUUACUAACAGUGCAUACAGUUUUUUAUUUUAUUUAAUCAAGUACUAUUACAAUUAUUUUAAUACAUAUAGUGCAAACAAAAACUAGGAAGGUUUAUUCGUGUACUACAAUAAUCACGACAUCUAGUUACAAUAAAUAGAAGUUUUGCACCCUAGUAAAUAUUAUUAAUUUACAAUAUUUUAUAAAGGUAAGUGGGUAUGUUGGAAAAUAGUCAACAUUGAGCGGCAAGAUAAUUAAAUUACGCUUGUACAUGCAGGCAACAAAAGACGCACACAACCAUUCCGUAUAAUUGCGCGUAGAAUCAAAGAAAUUCUAUAUUCUUCCGCAUAUAUAUUCAUUUCAUUUUACGAGGUUGCAUUUCGAACUGUUAUAACUCUUUGGCGCAUUCGUUUUAAUUAUUACGUUAUAUAGUAUGCAUUAAAGGUGACUUCCAAUGUUUAAAUAAUGCCUUAUAUUGUUUUUGACUAUGCCAUUAUCUUACGGAGCUUCGUGAAGCGACCAAUGUACCUUUUGGACAAGUUACGGGUACGAUUUUGUUCGUGUUGGUGUAUCUAGGGUAUUUAAUAUCGGUGUUUAUAUCACAUAUAAG